AUGUCAGUGUUCAUCUUUAUUUUAAAAGCACUUCGUGCGAUCGCUGUCAUCUGGGUGAUCCUGUACCUUUACCUGAAAUAUGCACACACCUAUUGGAAGAGACGGGGCGUCCCAUCUCUUCCAGGACACUGGUUUUUUGGGAAUGCGAAGGAUGCACUCCUCAUGCGCAAAUCUCCUGCAACGGUGUUCGGUGAUCUGUACCAUCAAGCUUCCGAAGACGAUGACAUUCUGGGUAUCUACAUCGCGCACAAACCCUUCUUGGUCCUGAGGAAUCCGAAACUGAUCAAGCAAAUCUUAAUUAAGGAUUUCAACUACUUCUCGGAUCGAUACUUUACGGCAAGAUCCAUCCACGAUAAAAUCGGAAGCUCGGCUCUCUUCACGAUGAAGAAUCCAGAAUGGAAGUACUUAAGAGCGAAAUUGACGCCCGUAUUUACGAGCGGAAAAGUGAAGAACCUGUUCCCCUUGAUAGUCCAAACGGCGGACUCGAUGAAGAAUUAUUUGGAGAAUCAAUUCACAAACGGCACAAGAACGAAUACAUUGCCGGCAAGAGAGAUUUCCUUAAAGUAUACCACCGACAUUAUAUCUUCCGUUGCUUUUGGAAUUCAAGUGAAUUCCUUCGAUCCGUCUCAGGGCAAAUUCUUUUCGAAAGUUCAAGAGUCACUCCGUCUCACGGUACGACGAGGCCUACUAUUUUUCUGCAUGUUCUUCUUCCCGGCAAUUUCGAUGAUCUUGGGAGGUCAAAUGUUGGGUUCAGCUACGAAUUACUUUCGUAAAGUAUUUUGGGAUUCCAUGGAUACUAGGGAGGUGACGAAAUCGAAACGAGGAGACCUCAUCGACUCCCUGAUAGACCUGAAGAAUGCCAAACAGGAUAAUGACUUCAAGUUUGAGGGUGAUGCCUUGGUUGCUCAAGCGGGUAUUUUCUUUGUUGCUGGCCGCGAAUCCAGCUCGACAACGAUAAGCUUUACACUCUCCGAACUCGCUAAGCAUCCUGAUAUUCAGAAACGAGUGCGAGAAAAUAUCCUCGAGACGCUGGAAGCGCAGGGAAUGACUUAUGAAGCUGUUCAGAGUAUGAAGUACCUUCACCAAGUGAUAUCUGAAGUUUUGAGACUUUAUCCACCGGCUCCGCUCAUCGAUCGAGUGGCCGUUGAAGAUUAUAAGAUACCAGGAACAGAUACGAUUAUAGAAAAAGGAACGCCUAUUUACAUACCUUUGUUUGGCCUUCAGCGUGAUGCAAGGUAUCAUCCCGAUCCUCUGACUUUCAAUCCUGAUAGAUUCAGUGACGAAAAUAAAGACAAUAUUACGCCAUGUUCGUACAUACCUUUCGGUGAUGGUCCACGAAUUUGUAUUGCUCAGCGAGUCGGUCUAUUGCAGUCUGUUGUGGCAGUAAUUACGAUACUUAAGGAUUAUGAAGUUUCAUUAGACCCUACUGGUGAUUACGAAAUUGACCGCCGUAACAUCUUCGUAUCACCGUCAGAUCGAUUCAAAUUGAAGUUUACAAAACUUUAA